ACGGGUUUACCAAUAAGGAUAGACACGGGGGCAUGGCAUUGGUGCGAAAGCGAGUGGCGAAACUACUAAACGCCUUAAAACUCUUAAACCCAAACCCACCCCAUGACCGACCAAACCCAAACUCACCCCUCCUCACCUGCUUUUUCCCAAGUCAAUACCGGAGCCCCCACCUCCAUCUCCACCUCCACCUCCACCUCCAUCUCCACCUCCACCACCGCCGUCCUCUCCCUCACCUCCCCUUCAAUUCUCCUCCUCAUUUCCCUAGGGUUUCAUUGAUUUCAAUCCAAUCAACAUCGCACUGCUCAUGGAGUCUCCAACGAUGGACGAAACUAAGAAAUCUGAAGCGCAUUUAACAUCAGCUGCUGCUUUUGUCGAAGGUGGAAUCCAGGAUGCUUGUGAUGAUGCUUGCAGUAUAUGUCUAGAAAACUUCUGUGACAGUGAUCCUUCAACGAUGACCAGUUGCAAACAUGAGUUCCAUCUGCAGUGCGUUCUUGAAUGGUGUCAGAGAAGCUCUCAAUGCCCCAUGUGUUGGCAACCUAUUAGCCUGAAGGAUCCAACCAGUCAGGAGUUGCUUGAAGCUGUAGAACAAGAGAGAAGUUUUAGACUUAAUCCAGCUAGAAACUCAACAAUAUUUCGACAUCCCACACUUGGUGACUUCGAGUUACAGCAUCUGCCGGCUGGUGCUAAUGAUGCUGAUCUUGAAGAGCGUAUACUCCAACACUUGGCUGCAGCAGCUGCCAUGGGACAAGCACGUCAUAGUGCUAGAAGAGAAAGCCACAGAAAUCGAUCAGGAAUUCAUGGCCGUCCCCAGUUUUUGGUGUUUUCUUCCCAUCCCAAUUCUUCGUCGACCUCUCCACCUCCUGGUGAUGAUCGGGAGGGUGAAGCAGCCCCAAGAAUCAUGGUAGCUUCUAUAUCACCACCUCCACCUGCAGGAGAAGAGGCCCCACAAUCCAAUGCUUCAGUAUCUCCAGUGCAAACUGAUCAGUCUUCUCCUUCAGCUCCUCAAUCCAGCUCAGCUUCUGCUAGCCAACUUGAAUCUCCUCCAAGUGAAAGGAGAUCUUCCAGUCAACCAGUGCCCAAUAGUCAAGAUAGAGCUGGACCAUCAGAAUUACAAUCAUUCUCGGAUUCUCUCAAGUCUCGAUUUAAUGCUAUGUCAAUGAGAUACAAAGAUUCAAUCACAAAGAGCACAAGAGGUUGGAGGGAGAAAUUGUUCUCUCGCAACACUUCAAUGUCAGAUAUUGGCUCUGAAGUUAGAAGAGAAGUCAAUGCAGGCAUAGCGACAGUAUCACGCAUGAUGGAACGUCUUGAAACCAGAGAUGCUAGAAAAAGCAGCAGUCCGGAGUCUAGUAGUGUAGGGGAUAGUAACCCGGUUUCAGAAUCAAAUAACAGAUCGAUGCCAGAGAAUGGAGGAAACAGUUCUUUGACCGACACAAAUAAAGAAGGGCCACGCCCUGCAGAAUCCAGUUCAAGUUGAACAUUCUCAGAAUCGGCUUCACUCGAAGUCCAUGUUAUAAGAGGUGAAUAUUGCUAUUGAUUGUUUCCCUCUUUCAUAUGUACAAGAAAUGCCUGGAGUAGACUGUGUUUUAAAAUUUAGGAAAAGAAAGAAACUUCAAAAUAUUAAAAAUAUUUUGAGUUUUAGUUUAUUUUAUAAUUAGUUAGAGUAUAUUUAUAUAUUAGUCAAUGUAUCAUUUAUAAUUAGUAAUAUCAUAGAUUAUUUACUUAUAAAUUCAUUGAA